AUGGACUUCCCGAACCCCACUUCAAAACCACCCACUCAAACCAUCAUUGAUCAGCAAGAACAAGUCCGUCAGUCUUUGCCUUUUGGUGACAAGACGGACUUCGUGAAUGCUGAGAGAGGUCUUGAGGGCCGCAUGAACCCCAACAUUGUGAAAAAUGCCGACGGCGAGGUAAUUUGGAAUAAUGACGUGUACGAGUUCCUUCAACACGACUCGCCCGACUCUGCCAACCCAAGCCUCUGGCGCCAAUCCAAAUUGGCCCACAUUGAUGGUUUGUUCAAGGUAACAGACCGCAUAUAUCAAGUCCGUGGCUUGGACCUGUCCAAUGUUACAGUGAUUGAGGGCGAUAUUGGUCUCAUAAUCAUAGACCCGCUGACUUCCAAAGAGACUGGAGCAGCUGCAUUAGCUCUUUAUCAGGAACAUCUCGAUCCCAAGAAGGAGAGGCCUAUCAAAGCUAUCAUCUACACGCACUCUCAUGUGGACCAUUUUGGCGGUGUCAAAGGCUUUGUGAGCGAGGAAGAGGUGGAGAAGAAUGGUGUCAAAAUCAUAGCACCGGAAGGGUUUCUGGAGCACGCCGUAUCCGAGAAUGUCUAUACAGGUACUGCUAUGGCCCGUCGGGCUGCAUACAUGUAUGGUGCCGCUCUUCAUGUGGGUAGGCGAGGCCAGAUCGGAGCUGGAUUGGGUCAAACAGUUUCCACCGGAGAAGUUACGUUGAUUGCCCCCAACGACAUGAUCAAAACCACCAAUGAGCAGAGGACCAUAGAUGGAGUAGAGAUUGUCUUCCAGAUGGCUCCAGAUACUGAAGCUCCAUCUGAGAUGCUCUUCUAUUUCCCGCAGUUUAAGGCACUUUGCGCAGCGGAGGAUGCGACUCACACCUUUCAUAACUUAUUGACUUUGAGAGGUGCUGUGGUUCGGGAUCCCCAUGGAUGGUCGAAGUACUUAACUGAAACCAUCGAUUUAUUCGGAGGCAAGGCCGAGGUUGUAUUUGCCUCCCACCACUGGCCUACUUGGGGAGUCGAGCAAGUCACUGACUUUUUGACAUCCCAACGGGACCUCUACGCAUAUGUGCAUGAUCAAACCCUGCGCCUCCUGAAUAAAGGUUAUAACGGCCCGGAAAUUGCCGAGAUGAUGACACUGCCGCCGGCUCUUGAUAAAGCUUGGGGUGCGAGAGGAUACUAUGGCUCGGUGAACCACAAUGUCAAGGCUGUCUACCAGCGAUACGUGGGCUGGUUUGAUGGUAAUCCAUCCCACUUAUGGGAGCACGUUCCUACCGAGAGGGCUCGACGAUACGUCCAGCUUGCUGGAGGUAUGAAGCUGAUACUAGCUAAGGGAAGCGAAGCUUUCGACACUGGCGAUUUCCGCUGGGCCGCAGAACUGGUCAAUCAUGCCGUUUUUGCCGAGCCAGACAAUACUGAAGCAAGGGAACUCCUCGCCGACAUAUAUGAGCAGUUGGGGUACGGCUCGGAAAAUGGAACCUGGAGGAACUUCUUCAUAUCUGGAACCACAGAGCUUCGCGCGGGUAAUUUAGGAACGCCUACGCAGACUGCGUCGCCUGACGUCGUUUGGCAACUCACCCCAGAAAUGCUCUUUGAUUCCCUCGCCAUCCAGAUCAACGGCCCAGAAGCGUGGGAUAAGACGCUUGCUGUGGAUAUCGUUCUUACCGACACAAAUGUGACUUACCGUCUCUGGCUCUCUAAUGCAGCGCUCGUCUACUCCAUGGCUGCGCAGUCAUCCGGCCCCCAGGUGACACUAACUUCCACCACAAAGCAGUUGCCCGCGCUCGCAGUGUAUGGCCUUGAACCUGAUGCGUUGAGGGAGGCAGGGAUCACGAUUGAGGGAGAUCAGAAUGCUUUGAGCGUAUUGAAUGAUCUACUUGAUCCAGGUGAUCCUAGCUUGAAUAUUGUCACUCCUUGA